UAAAAGACUCGAGGUCCCAGACUGCUACCUUCCGCAAAACACCGGUUGCCUAUUAAAGGAUUAGGUAAAAAAAAAGGCAAUAAACACCUUUUCUUUUUAUUUUUUUUUUUAUUUUUUUUAUUAAUCAUUUAUUUUAAUCCUUUUACUUGAAUUGUUUUUGGUUUUUUUUUUAUUAAUUCAUCAUUCCUGAAAAAUUAUUUGUAUAGAAAAAGGUUGUGUUGAAACUUCUUUCAAUCACAUCUUAAUAUUUCUCGUUUUCAUUGUUUUUUAGAACGAGGUGUUUUUUUUUUAUAUAUUGUUGUUCAUUUCUUUCUUUCUUUCUUUCUUUUUUUGAUUCUUGAUUUUUAGGAAACCUUCUCUUCCUAAAGGUUUUAACGGAACGGCUCUUUUCAUCUAUUUGAAUUCCCUUUUUCCUUUGCAAGAUUCCUCCCAAUAUGUGCCAAUACGACGUUGAACCUCUCUUGUCCAAGGCCCCCAUCUUGGCCAAAUAUUCCGACCUUGAACCUCUUGGUACUAAGGUGAUGGCUGAAUACAUCUGGAUCGAUGGAUUCAAUCACAUCCGUAGCAAAACCAUGACCCUCGACGAAAAACCAAAGUCUUUGGAAGAUUUGCGAGUUUGGAACUUUGACGGUUCUUCCACUGGCCAAGCCCCUGGUAAUGACUCCGAUACCCUUUUAAAACCCGUUGCUAUGUAUAGAGAUCCCAUCCGCCGCGGCGACAACAUCCUUGUCCUCUCCGCUUGUUACAAGGCCGAUGGCUCUGCCAACCAAUACAACCACCGUGAUGCUUGCAACAAGCUCAUGGAAAAGCAUGCCGACCAAGACAUCUGGUUUGGUAUUGAACAAGAGUAUACCAUGUUAGAUUACUAUGACCGCCCUUUCGGCUGGCCUAAGGGUGGCUUCCCCGGUGCUCAAGGUCCCUUCUAUUGUGGUGUUGGUACCGGCAACGUUUUUGCUCGUGAUAUCGUCGAGGCCCACUACAAGGCCUGUCUCUACGCCGGUAUCAACAUUUCCGGUGUCAAUGCCGAAGUCAUGCCUUCUCAAUGGGAAUACCAAGUUGGUCCUUGUCGUGGUAUCGAAAUGAGCGACCAACUCUGGAUGUCUCGCUUCCUUCUCCACCGUAUUGCCGAAGACUUUGGUGUCAAGAUCUCUUUCCACCCCAAGCCAAUUUUGGGUGACUGGAAUGGUGCUGGUUGCCACACAAACAUCUCUACCAAGGAUAGCCGUGCCGAAGGUGGUAUGAAGGUCAUUGAGCAUUAUCUCGAAAAGUUCGCCAAGCGCCAUAUGGACCACAUCAAGGUUUAUGGUGAAGACAAUGACUUGCGUCUCACCGGUAAGCAUGAAACCGGUGCUAUCGACCAGUUCCGCUGGGGUAUUGCUGACCGUGGUGCUUCUGUUCGUAUCCCCCGUUCUGUCGCUAUGAAGGGUUGCGGUUACUUUGAAGAUCGUCGUCCUGCUUCCUCCAUUGACCCUUAUCUUGUCACUGGUAUUAUUACUGAGACUAUGUUUGAAUGUUAAAUGGACGAAUGAUUUUCUUCUAUGUGCUGGUCACGUUGACCGCCUUUCUUUCCCAUCAAUUUUCUCCCUGUGCGCUGUUUUUCUUUGCCCUUUGGGCAGAAGCGUAUUGAUCUCAUACAUACAUACAACAUACAUACUUAUUUACUCUCAUAUUACAUAUACUCCUUAUCCCCUUUCUCUUUUCUCCUUAUUAAUUUUUCAAUGUCAUUUAUUUGUUGAACAUUCUGAAUCUCUUGCUGUUGUC